AUGGCCCAGCUUCCUGUCGCUCUUUACGGGCUCGAGAUCCCUCCCGGCGAAGUCCUUAUUCCCGCCUCGCCCGACUUCCCUGCCACUUUCCGCAUCACCAUGGCCGCUAUUGAUCCCACCGAGGCUCCUGAGGCCGAUGCCGAUGGCAACAUCCCCGCCGUCCCCCGCUCUACCCUGCGCCUGGUCAAGCAGCGCUUCGGUGACGACCUCGAGGCCAACGAGGACGAUGAGAUCGACGAGGACUACCUCCAGUCCCUCCUUGCCGCCAACGGCGACGACGAGUCGUCUGAUGACGAUGACGAGCCCAACGGUGGCCCCAGCGACCCCUCCAAGAAGCAGAAGCAGGCCGAGUCCCUCAAGAAGCUGAUCGAGGCUGUCUCCGCCGAGGAGUCUGAUGAGGACAUGGACGACGCUAAGCCCAACGGCAAGUCCAGCAAGAAGGGCAAGGCCAAGGCCUCCGACGAUGACGAGGAGGAGGAGGAGGACAGCGAAGACGAGGACGACGAGGGUCUUGACCUCGAGAACUUCGUCCUCUGCACUCUCGACACCGAGCGCAACUACCAGCAGCCCCUUGACAUCACCGUCCAGGAGGGUGAGAAGGUUUUCUUCGUUGUCUCCGGCACUCACACCGUCCACCUCACCGGUAACUACGUUAUCGAUGACGAGGAGGAGGACUCCGAGGACGAUGAGGAUGACGAGGACGGCGAGUACGAUCUGUCUCCCGAUGAGCUCGAGUACGGCAUGGACGGCAUGUCCGACGAGGACAGCGAUGAGCUCGACGACACCGCCGACCCCCGCGUCAUGGAGGUCGACACCGACGAGGAGGAGGCCCCCAAGCUGGUCGAGACCAGCAAGAAGGGCAAGAAGCGCGCCGCCGAGAGCCUCGACGACCUCAUCAAGGCUGACGCCGACGACUCCAAGCUCUCCAAGAAGGACAAGAAGAAGCUUAAGAACAACAAGGGCGAGGCUGUCGCUACUGAGGAGAAGACCACUCCCAAGUCCGACAAGAAGGUCCAGUUCGCCAAGAACCUCGAGCAGGGCCCUACCGGCUCCGCCGAGAAGGCCAAGCAGGCCGGCAAGCCCGCCACCGGCGUCAAGGUCGUCCAGGGCGUCACCAUUGACGACCGUAAGGUCGGCUCUGGCCGCGCCGUCAAGAACGGCGACACUGUUGGUGUCCGCUACAUCGGCAAGCUCGAUGACGGCAAGGUCUUCGAUGCCAACAAGAAGGGCAAGCCUUUCUCUUUCAAGGCCGGCAAGGGUCAGGUCAUCAAGGGCUGGGACAUCGGUGUCCUCGGCAUGACCAUCGGUGGUGAGCGUCGCCUCACCAUCCCCGCCCACCUGGCCUACGGCUCCAAGAGCCUGCCUGGCAUCCCCGCCAACAGCACCCUGACUUUCGACGUCAAGCUGCUCGAGAUCAAGUAA